UCGUAAAAGAACCGAGAACGCUCAGAGCCUUCCUCUGUUUCCUUCUCCGCGCAUCCCACCUCCUCCGGCUCCGCCUCCGUCUCCGCCUCCGCCUCCGCCCCCGCCUGCCCAAAAGCCUCGCUGGUGAUCUCGGUCUCGUUCCCGAGCGGCACCAGGCUCCCCGCCGCUGACCGGGCGCUGUCCCUGACGCUAGCCCGCUCGGUCGCGAGGGAGAUCUCGGCGGACUUGGGCGGGGUCGACGGCGCGGCGAAGAAGGAGAGGCCUGCUGCAUUUUCUCUCUCUUCUUUUCAACGGAGCGCGCUAUUUCUUCCCGCUUCUGCCUCUCUCUUCCUCAAGCACUCCUCUCCUCUCUGUCCCGAGUCCUCUCACUCACCCCAAGCGCUCCCCUCCUCUCUGUCUCGAGCCCUCUCACUCACCCUAAGCGCUUCCCUCCUCGCCUCGUUCUUGGUCGAUGAUGGCGGAGCUCUGCUUGAUGGCUUCGCAUGGUUAUCCGUCGAGCCUCGUUCUUGGUCAGGAGCAAGGGCGCGAGCAGACUCGUCAGGGAUCUUCAGCCAAUUUUGCCUGCUGCUAGGACAAGAAAAGACAUUAUAAGAUUGGGAUCCAUGACCCUCAGUCCUAAUCAAUUCAAGGAGGCAGUGGAACCCCUAUAUGUACUGUUAGCAGCAAAGCAGCGUGUGCAGAUUGAUUCUGUGGAGAAAGAUCCCAUGAUUCUAGAUUUGCAAGAUGUCCACUCAACUACUGGGCCCCUAGGCACCGGAAUUGCUGAACAAUCCACCAUGCAGAGAGAAGUCUUUGAGUUUAGCAUGUCUGGAUUGAGUUGUGCUGAAAAGGCUGGACUAGAUAUGUCUCUAGUAUCUGAUUUAACGGGUCUUCACUCAGUGGAAACUGACAUGCAUCGCCUGCCCAUCAUUCCUUCUCUCAUCUACACUAACUUUCAAUUUUCCACUCAGAGCGCUCUCUCAGAUUUCAUGGGAGAUUUGGUCCGAAAUUCAAAAAUAACCAUUAACUCCGAUGGUAGUCUUGAUCGCAGCUAGUGGGGCUGAGAUGAAGGAUCUCCUCUCAAUUGUAGCGGAGUUUUACCUAUUGAGGAACUUAACUCAAGGGAGAAAGCUUUCGAUGCCAGUUCCUUAUGACAACAACCACCUCAUAUGCUUAGAAACUGCAAAAGAGGAGGUAGACAAAAUUGUGGUUACUGAUGCAUCACUUCUCUUUCCUCCUGGACAGCUGGCAUUGGCGGCUUUGCGUCAUGCUAAUGAGAUACCUAGAGAACAUGCUCAUACGCCAAAAUUCCAUUCACAGCAGCACAGAGCUCAUUCAGCAUCUGAAUGCGAUUCCUCGGUUAGGACAUAUAAAUUCCCUUCUGAGAAAGAUAUAAAACACAUCAACAGGAAGCUGAGGUCUUGUUGGGGCCUUAGUUCACAUGAUGAUAGUAAGAAACGAGACAAGAAAUCGAAGCACAAAUCCAAGUGGAGUGCAGGCUAGAUGCAAGAGGG